AAAACAAAAAAUUAAAGCAAUCUCCAUUUGCCUGCUCUGCACCCAUUUAUUUCUAUCAGGGAAAAACAAGAACACGCUUUCUUUGGGAAUUCAAGCAUGGCGGGGAUGGAAGGAGGAGGGACAUUAUCGGAAGUGUAUCAAAGCGCUAGAAAGCUACUUCUUCGAGCAAGGGAUGGGGUCGAACGCUUAGAGAGAUUCGAGAGCUCCGUCUCCGGUACCGAUUCUCCUGAACUCUCCUUCGCCGUUAAGAAAGAUAUCUCUCAGAUCCACUCUCUAUGCGCCGAUAUGGAUCGCCUCUGGCGUUCUAUCCCCGCCAAAUCUCAACGCGAUCUCUGGAAAAGAAAAGUUGAACAAGUGGCUGAAGAGGCUGACUCUUUGAAAGAUAGUUUAGACAAGUAUUCUAUGAGGAAUCAGAGACGGAUGUUGGAAGCGAAAGAGAGAGCUGAGUUGCUUGGAAGAGCUAAUGGGGAGUCAGCUCAUGUCCUGAGAAUUUUUGAUGAGGAAGCACAAGCAAUGCAAUCAGUUCGAAAUUCAUCACGAAUGUUGCAAGAAUCUUUUGAAACUGGAACAGCAAUCCUUUCCAAAUAUGCAGAACAAAGAGAUCGCCUCAAGAGAGCACAACGAAAGGCCCUGGAUGUACUUAACACGGUGGGGCUCUCCAACUCUGUCCUGAGGCUCAUUGAGAGGAGGAACCGUGUUGAUACAUGGAUCAAAUACGUGGGGAUGGUUUUGACAGUCGUCAUUGUGUAUUUCUUCUGGAAAUGGACCCGGUGAUUUGCUGUUUUUCUCGAUUCACUUUUCCUCCUAAGCACAAAGGUUUGUUUUCCUGGAUCUCUGAUCAUGUUAAGAAGACAAGUAGCGCAAGUUUUAACGUGAACAGCUUUGAUAUAUGGAAGAGAUGACAAAAAUAGAUGGUGCAUUUACGGAGGACGUUGAUUUGGAAUAUGAAAAUGUGAAAAAGAGUUGGAAGAACAGGUAAGGUGAGGGAUAUGAAUCCGGAAUUCAGGAUUAUAGAUUGUUAAUUUGAUAUUCGGAUCAGGAAACAGUGCCGGUAAGCACUUCCAUAUUUAGCUACAAAGCAUUGCCAGUGAAUUGAAGCUAGAAAAUGUUGUCGAAAGUUGCUUGCUAUCAACUGUGACUGUGAAUCUAGUUAAUGAUUAGAUCGUAUAUUUUUGUGGUUUCGUAA